AUGGUAAUCAAUUUAUCACUUUCUUAUACUAGAAACUGUUCAUUUAUGUGUCUUAUUAAUAUGCUUCUUUUUUUCAUCCAGAAACUUUCAGCAAGCAGUACCACCUCCUCGUCCCUGGUCACCAUUGUGAAAGACAAUCUCCAGAAGAAGGAAAUUCUCAGCCUGUUCAAAGUACGGGAUGAUCUCUCACGGAUUCAUCCGUCACAAUCUGUGCAGUCAGAAAUUGCAACGGGAACAAGUGGAGAAGGAAGUGUAGCACCAACCAUUCUUGCUCGGAGUUGUCAGAAGCAACAGCAAGGUUUUAAAAAGGUCACAACCCCAGUGACUGCUUCUAAUGUCAGUCUGGACCUCUCCUCCUCUGAUAUGGACCUUUUCCAGGAACCACCACCACUAGAUGAUCAAAUAGAAGUAGAAGAUGAAUUUGGUGGAUUUUCACAGGAGAUUGAUGAUUUUGAGUUGUCUGAUCGUGCAAACUUCCCAAAUACAGCCCAUCGUGUUAAUAAACAAGAGACAGCCCUGGAGUCAAAAUCAUUGGAUAGUCUUGAGUUUCGAAAUGAUGAACCUGUCUGGGGUGAAAUCUGUGAUAAUAGUGGAGACACUGUGUCAGAAGACAAUAAAAAUAGAAAUAUACAGAACCUUACUGCUGAGACCAAUUCUGGUCCACUGCCUUCCUCUGCAUCAGCACCUUCACAACCACUGUCUAACCUCAGUAAAGGUAGCAGCAGUCACCUGAUUGCCAGGGAUAGGUACAGCAGUGUUAUUGAGGAUGUGCAGGGAAGUGAUAGACAUUGCCAUGAAUGGACCAAGUGUUUAGAUAAGUGUUAUCAGAGAAUCAAAGAAGCUAAUAAUGUAUUCAACUCCAUUAGUACCUCAUCUGUAUGCAAUGAGGUUAUCAAGUCAUGUCAGGGAGCUGACUACAUUAUGGCUAUCAUAGAAAUUUAUCGAGUUGUAUGUAAAAUUACUGUUACCAUGAGAAUGUCUGCCUUGACUAAUGAACGACUGGAGACACUGUUAAAAGAUAUUGAUUUAGCUUGGAACAAUUUGGCUGCCUUUCUCAUAUAG